AUGACAGGAACCUGGGACAAACAUCCAUUUCUUUCUCGCUCACGGAGACCUUCUGCGUUCUGUCUCUUGCAUCAUCCCCACAUCACCCUUCAAGUUCCAGCAUCAUGGAACCUUGGUAGACACCAUGACACCCUUGCGCUAUCUUGUGCAAGCUUGGAUGCCAAGAUUUUUUUAGACGUGCACGCCGGCCUGAUUUCUGACGUGCCUCUGACCUCGGAAAAGCGGUACUCGAUGGUUCAACCAGCUGUCAAAGCUAUCAGCUUGCACAUCAUCAUGCACAGACACACCGUUCGUUUCGCUGAAACCUCGAAACUUUCCCAGCUUGCAGCCCAAGUCAAGAAACCAUCAGAGGCAGCCCAAGGAGCCACUUUAGGUGAUGCAUCUUGUUGCAUCAAUCGUAUGGGGAAUGCUGAUGAGGCAGCUUGGGUAAAGCGGUUGGUAAUAAGGUUGGUUUAG